AUGGACUCCAGCUCUCACAAACGCUAUCAUCUUCAUGAAUGGGAUACAAAAGAUUUAUUGGAUAAGUAUUUUUCUGGAUCAUCUGAAAAGAAUAUGAUUGAUGAUGCUGUAAAAUUUCCGAUUGAACAGAUUUACAAGGUGGCAGGUCUAGGUCAAAUUACAGGAGACUGCUUGCUUGAUAUUUCUACUGGCCCUGCUAUUCACCAUCUGUUGCCCAUUUUUGAGUCUUUCAAAAGAAUAAUUAUUUUAGAAUUUAGUGAUCUCUGUGUGAAUGAACUUGAGAAGUGGAAGAGUAAAGAGCCAGAUUGUAUUGACUGGACCCAUGCCUUAUCGAUUAUGGCCGAAUUGCAAGGUGCAAGUUUCAAAGGUAAGGACAUCGAAAACACUUUAAGAAGAAAAAUUUCACUCAUUUUGAAAUGUGAUUUCACCAAGGAAAAUGUUACAGAUCCGGUUGUUUUACCAAAAGUCGACUGCGUGCUCAGUGAGAGCAAAUUUCAUGUAUUAACAUCUGAUGAAAAGUCCAUAAAGGAUGAUGUGAGAGAAGCAGGAUUUACUAUUGAACACAUGGAGGUGGUAGAAAGCAAAAUACCCAAUGAUACAAUAGAUUGUGAACAUAUCUGGCUUAUUAAGGCAAUAAAAGUGAGCGAUGUAGUUGUUUAA